AAGACGAUCGCGAUCGUCGAGUCUAUCUUCCGAUGGUGAAUGAAGUCUGACGUUGCGCGCGAACCAAAGUAACGGGUGUCACCGUCGUCUCCGGCAUCUCUCUUUCACGUGGACGAUAGACUCUUGUCCGCCGCGCGGAGAAAAGGUGCCAGGAGCAUCACUGCGCAAGUACCCGCGACAGUAACGGCUUCGACGACGAUGUGCUGGUGCAGUGAUAGUGACAACGGUGGUGGUGGUGGCGGCGGCGGUGGUGGCGGUGUCGUGUGAGCGAUUACUCCCCUCCGUGAACGAACGAACGAAUAAACUGACACGUGGCGGGGAAAGGAGAAAGAGGAGGGGAAAGACAGAGACGCGGUCGCACCUGGACCAGGAGAGGAACUCGCGGCACGCGACACGAAGAAGCGCGUGAGCGGAAUAACAGUAGUAUUGUAGUAGUAGUACAACAGUAGUAGAACGGAGACCAGAUGGCGGUUGUGCCGGUAGUGUGAGCCGCGAGAUAUUCGGGGUAGGAACCGUUAGAGGGAGGAAGCGGGGAGGAGGAGAGCGAGACGGAAAGCGAGAUCCGACCCCCUUCGCUUCUGGGCCCGCUUGCGGCUCUCCUUCUCUCUCUCUCUCUCUCUCUCUCUUUCUUCGUUUCUUCCAUUAGGAAUAGAGCCGGUAGCACCGGUGCGUUCGCACUCGGACGCGCGAGCGCAGGGAGCGUGCGCUCUCACUCGCUCCGUACUCGUGCGGUGUCAUGGGCGCAUGGUGGUCGUUGCGCUACCACCGGAUACUUCCCAUGUCGACUUCCUUCCGACGUCGCGGUGCAGCAUCGUCGUCGUCUUGGCAAAGUACUCGCCGGGAAAAUCGCGCGCGUCGUCGCUCGCGGUCGUGCGGUAAUCAGUGACGGCGAGACCGGUGGUGACCAGGAGAAAGGACGUCGCUCCCCUUUCCCGAACAGACAGUUUCGUCGACGUAAAUAAAAAGCGGCGAGUGCGAUACGGUACGGGGCGGUGCGGUGCGGUGCGGUGCGGUGCAGUGCGUCGUAUCGUCGUCGUCGUCGUCGUCGGGGUCGUCGUCGUCGUCGUCGUCGCCGUCGCCGUCGUCGUCGUCGUCGCCGUCGUCGUCGUCGGCGAAGAAACGAGUGGCGAGUGGCGAGUGGCGAGUGGCGAGUGGCGAGUGGCAGGGCGCCCGAACUACCGAACUAGAUGUGCGUAAAUGGAAGGUAUAGGGGACAUAGGCGAUCGUCAAUCGCAUAGCGAGCAAUUACUGGACUCGGUCGAUUCCCCGGCGGCUGUGUCUACGCAUGGCCGGGGCGGUGGGGGCGGCUCGAAUGGGUGGUGGUGGUAACGGAGGAGGUAGCGUCGAGGGUAUGUCUUCGUCGGCCUCUCAAAGCCCCGACAUCGCGUGCGCGAGCCUACCGCUGGAACUGCACGCGGCUGGCGCGCUCGGCGUCAAGGAGGAGCGAGACCUCGCCGCCGCGGAGGACCUGUCGUCGUCCCAGGAUCCGCCGAGCGUCGGUGAUAGUGGUGGCGGCGGCGGCGGCGGCGGCGGUGGCGGCGGUGGCGGUGGCGGCGCAAUCGGAGGCAACGACGGCGACGGACGCGCCGUCGCUGGCGGCAACAGCAACGGCAACGGCAACGGCAACGGUGGUAACGGCGGCAGCAGCGUUGGUGGUAGUAGUAGUAGUGGCGACGGUGGCAGGCAGAGCGCGCGGGAGUCCCUGUCGGUGAUCGUGCCGCCUCAGGACGUGGACGUGGACUCGCGCGACGCCGACGACUCGGAGCUCCUCAGUCCGGGCAAGCUAACGCCUACGUCCGGGAUAAGCGUGUCGGUCGCGAGCAUGAUCGACGCGACGGACUUCAGGGCGAUGCAGCCGGAGCCGACGUAUCAGACCCUCACCUCGGUGGCCGAGAGGAUGUCGCCGCCUGGCUUCAGUCCGGGCUCGUCGUACGCCACGUUGACGCCGCUGCAGCCGUUACCGCCGAUCUCGACCAUGAGCGACAAGUUCGUUUACGGCGGUCACGCGGCCGGCGGCGUCACCGGCAGCUUCGCCGUCAUGCAGAACAACGGCCUGGGUAACAUCGGCCUCGGGAUGGGCGGCUCGCCGUACGCGUAUGACAAAUUACCCUCGAUGGGCAUGUCGCCGCCGCACAAUUAUCCGUCGCCGGGAGCGGGUCUCCAACCGAGCCCGUUGUCGCCGCAGAGCGCUUACAGCCAGAGCGGCCUUAACUCGCCGCACAAAUCGUCCGCGAGUCCGCAUUACGAUCCGGCGUUUUUGCCACGGUUGCAGCAGAGUCCGGCGGCGCUCAGCCCGUCCUCGCCGCCGGCUGUCACGGCGACCGCGAGUUUCGCGCCAUCGCAUCACUCGCCGCCCGGCACGCACUCGGUGCCGAGCGCGGCGUCGCCGCCCCCGACGAUGCAGACCCAGCUGCAGCAGCAGCAGCAACAGCAGCAACAGCAGCAGCAGCAGCAGCAGCAACAAUCCAUGUCGCAGCAGCAGCAGCAGCAGCAGCAGCAAACGAUCGCGCACACGCAACACGUGCAACACACGUCGGUGGUGAUGAAGACGGUGUCCACGGCGAGUAACGGCGGUGCCGGCGAGGUCGAGGAGAUUAACACGAAGGAGCUCGCGCAGCGGAUCAGCGCCGAGCUCAAGAGGUACAGCAUACCACAGGCGAUCUUUGCGCAGCGGGUGCUGUGUCGCAGCCAGGGUACCCUCAGCGACUUGCUGCGCAACCCGAAACCCUGGUCCAAGCUCAAGAGCGGCCGCGAGACCUUCCGGCGGAUGUGGAAGUGGCUGCAGGAACCCGAGUUUCAGAGAAUGUCGGCCUUGCGGCUAGCAGCCCUGAGCAACUGCUCUGAGAGCGGAGGCGAGCCGGACGCUAUGCUGGACAUGCAUCACCCAGGAACCGGGAUCGACUCGCACCAUCCGCAGUUUCACAACUCCUAUGCUGCACAGAUUCCACAACGCGGAACAUGCAAGAGGAAAGACGAGAUGGCGAACCAGGCAGAACACCAACAGCCCGCCCCCAAGAAACCGCGGCUGGUUUUCACAGACCUUCAGCGCCGUACUCUACAGGCUAUUUUUAAAGAGACCAAAAGGCCGUCGAAGGAGAUGCAGGUGACAAUCGCGAGGCAGUUGGGCCUGGAGCCGACGACGGUCGGCAAUUUCUUCAUGAACGCCCGGCGCCGUUCCAUGGACAAAUGGAAGGACGAGGAUCCGAAGACGGUGGCGGUCGAGGAGGAACAAUUGUCGCCCACGAUAGGCAUCGGACAGCGCCAACCGAGCGAUGUUUUGUGACACACAUCCGACCACGAGGAGUACCACGACGAGUCGCCCGACGAGGAUCUGCCCUUCUCGUAAGGGCGGCGUACUACCUCGUGGACAUAUUCUUGUCGACACAUUCGAUCGAUGAAGAGAGAAGGGAGAUUUUCUUAAGCGCUAUUUUAUGCCAGGGCCUUUGUAAAUAAUCUCUCUCUGUUCGACGAACGGAAUUAUUGCCGGGAUCAAUUCGGAGCAUAAUUAAUUUCUGAAAUAUUGAAUAUUAUAUUUUAUUUAUUUCAUAUUCGAUUCGUUUGCUCGUUAUUUAUUUAUACUUUUGUUGUUAUCAAGAUUAGCUAUGUAUAAAGCAAAAUCGAAAUUUAUUUAAUUACCGCCUCGGUCUCUCGGAGAAAUUUUAUUCUGUAUAGACUUGGAAAUUUAAAAAAAAAUUUCAUUCAUUGCUGAUUAUAUAUUAAUUUCUAUUUAUAUGUUUUGAUUGAGACGAUCGCGAAUUGUGUCGAACAAGAACGUCCUAGCCGCUGAAUGCGAUCGAUCAUUGUAGCUCCCGCGAAUGCGAGCGCGAAAUGAUUCAAAUCAGAUCCCUUGCUACGAUUCGGCGUUCUUUUCCUUUUUUACGCUGGUGCGUUCCCGAGUAUUUACGAUUGAUAGAUUGUAUAUUGUCAUAUUAAAGCUCUUAAGUCAAUAUUCAAAGUCGGGAAACGGACGAGUCGAUUGUAUCCUAAGAAUGAUUAUAUAAAACAUUCCCUCCCUGUUUAAUUUUUAACAAGAAUUAUCCUUAUUUAUUUCAACGUAAUGUAAUGUGUCGCAGUAAUAAGUUUGCUGUUCCUCGUAAAUAAUUUCGUAAUUUUAAGAUAAGGACUCGCGUACGAUAAAGAUUCAUUCGUAUGUCGACUUUGAAUACCUCGCAAACUCUGUGCCAUAGUUUGCCAUAUUAGCAUAAGUUGAUCUGGACCUUUUGUGCCCGAUUCUUAACAUUCUAGUCUAUCGUACUAUGUUUUAGGAAGACCAUUCGUCGCUUUAAUUCGCGAGGCGGCUUCCCUUUUCUAGUCAAAACUCUAAAGUUUGAAUUCUAAAUCUGCUUUCGGUGCUGAUAGCGCGCCAAGAAGAUCGUUUCGAGAAUGCUCACGUUUUUUUUUCGCGCGUUUAGAGUUUAUUCGUUGCUCGAAAUAUGAGAUAAGUUUAGUUUAGCGAGAUAGUGAUUGUUAUCUUAUUUCAUAAGAGUAGAAUAGUCGCUGCUUUAAAAAAGGAUCAAGAAGGCAACCGUGUAAUAUUUGCGCUUGACGCGCGAAAUUCUAAGCGCUCUGACAAUCGAGUGAAUAUUUAGAUAACACUCGUUUUCUACCUUUUCUUAACCCACUCGAGAUCAAUCGAAACUAUGAUGAGGGGCUACAAAGUUUAUAAAAGCUCCGAUACUCUAUAAAGAUACUAAUUAAAGCAGCGACUUUAAGCGCGUGAUAGGUACUAAUUAAAAAGAUCUUACUGUGCGUUGAUUCUUUUAAUAUUUUCAUUCGAGGCCAUAUGUAUUUAUAGCUUAUUUCGUGUUUUGUUUUAUCGAAUAAAUAGUUGCUAGAUUUUCAUAUAUUUAUGAAAAUCUAUCGUCUAUCGCGCGCGCGCCCUUUUUCAUCGUUAGAAAUUAAUCCUUGGCAAUUGAAAUUGCCUUUUCCAAAGCUUAAACACUCGAAUUAAUCUCUCCGGUCUAUUAAUUUCCGAAUGAAAUUGCUCUUAUACAUAAGAGUUUCUUGCAAAUGAAACAAUAGCAUCUAAAACGAGGAGCACAGUUUUAUUUGUUUCUUUCUAGAUAUCCUAUGUAUGUCCUGUUAAACUAAUUGAGAGGUUAAUCGGCGCUUUUCCACAAGCACGAGUAGCGGUGAGGUUUGAUGAUGAUCGCGCAAUCAGCGGCGUCGAAUGCGCGACCGAUUCGUCGUGUCCUCGUUGGUCAAACGGAACGUGAACCAAUUUUCAAAGUGGCUUCGUGUGAGGAUGCACGUGCCAAGUGAUAUAUAUAUAUA